AUGGCGCCUGCAGAAGGUGCAGUGCGGACUUAGUGGGGCGGGGCAGGUGCCCUCCACAAACAUGGCGGCCGGGGAUGCGGGGCGUGGCGGGGUCGGGAUGGGAAGCCGAGCAGACGGCCCCAGAACAAGCGGUCAUGUGACUGGGAAGAUGGCCGUCUUUCCUUGGCACUCCAGGAACAGGAACUACAAAGCUGAAUUUGCAUCAUGCCGCCUGGAGGCUGUACCAUUGGAGUUUGGGGACUAUCACCCUCUGAAACCCAUAACUGUCACAGAAUCAAAGACUAAGAAAGUGAACCGGAAAGGAAGCACAUCUUCCACAUCCUCCUCCUCCUCCAGCUCCGUGGUGGACCCGCUGAGCAGCGUCCUGGAUGGGACUGACCCCCUCUCCAUGUUUGCAGCCACUGCUGACCCCGUAGCCUUGGCAGCUGCCACGGACAGCUCCAGAAGGAAACGUGAUAGAGAUGAUAACUCCGUUGUAGGAUCGGAUUUUGAGCCUUGGGCCAACAAACGGGGAGAAAUCCUUGCCCGGUACACCACUACCGAAAAGCUGUCUAUUAAUCUGUUUAUGGGAUCUGAAAAAGGCAAAGCCGGGCCUGCCACGCUGGCAAUGUCAGAGAAGGUUCGGACCCGGCUGGAGGAGCUGGAUGACUUUGAGGAGGGUUCCCAAAAGGAGCUGUUGAACUUGACUCAGCAGGAUUACAUGAACCGCAUAGAGGAGCUCAACCAGUCGCUGAAGGACGCCUGGGCCUCAGACCAGAAAGUGAAGGCUCUGAAAAUAGUCAUCCAGUGUUCAAAGCUUCUUUCAGACACCAGUGUUAUUCAGUUCUACCCAAGUAAAUUUGUCCUUAUCACCGACAUACUUGAUACAUUUGGAAAGCUCGUGUACGAGCGCAUCUUUUCCAUGUGUGUGGAUAACCGCAGUGUCUUACCAGAUCACUUUUCUCCAGAGAAUGCCAAUGACACAGCCAAGGAAACAUGCCUAAAUUGGUUUUUCAAGAUUGCCUCCAUCAGGGAACUCAUUCCAAGAUUUUACGUGGAGGCAUCCAUCCUGAAAUGUAACAAAUUCCUCUCCAAAACGGGAAUUUCAGAGUGCCUGCCCCGGUUAACAUGCAUGAUCAGAGGGAUCGGAGACCCGCUGGUGUCGGUGUACGCCCGUGCCUACCUGUGCCGGGUGGGAAUGGAAGUGGCCCCACAUCUCAAAGAAACCCUAAAUAAGAACUUUUUUGACUUCCUCCUUACGUUCAAACAGAUUCAUGGGGAUACGGUCCAGAACCAGCUGGUGGUCCAAGGAGUGGAGCUUCCAUCGUACCUCCCCUUGUACCCGCCUGCCAUGGACUGGAUCUUCCAGUGCAUUUCCUACCAUGCCCCCGAGGCUCUGCUGACCGAGAUGAUGGAAAGGUGUAAGAAACUAGGAAACAAUGCCUUGCUGUUAAAUUCCGUGAUGUCUGCCUUCCGGGCUGAGUUCAUCGCCACAAGGUCUAUGGAUUUCAUUGGCAUGAUUAAAGAGUGUGAUGAAUCUGGUUUCCCCAAGCAUCUCCUUUUUCGAUCACUGGGGUUAAACUUGGCCUUGGCUGAUCCUCCCGAGAGUGACCGACUUCAGAUUCUCAACGAAGCUUGGAAAGUUAUCACUAAGCUGAAGAACCCACAGGACUACAUUAAUUGUGCCGAAGUCUGGGUAGAAUACACCUGCAAGCAUUUCACGAAACGAGAGGUGAAUACUGUUUUGGCGGAUGUCAUCAAGCACAUGACUCCAGAUCGUGCAUUUGAAGAUUCCUACCCCCAGCUUCAGUUAAUAAUUAAGAAAGUUAUUGCCUACUUCCAUGACUUCUCAGUUCUUUUCUCAGUGGAAAAAUUUCUGCCGUUUCUGGACAUGUUCCAAAAAGAGAGUGUGCGGGUGGAGGUUUGCAAAUGCAUCAUGGACGCCUUUAUCAAGCAUCAACAAGAGCCCACGAAGGACCCAGUCAUUUUGAAUGCCCUUUUGCAUGUUUGCAAGACCAUGCAUGACUCCGUGAAUGCACUCACUCUUGAGGAUGAAAAAAGAAUGCUGUCAUAUUUGAUUAAUGGAUUUAUAAAAAUGGUUUCCUUUGGCCGUGAUUUUGAACAGCAGCUGAGUUUUUAUGUUGAGUCCAGGUCAAUGUUUUGCAAUCUGGAGCCUGUUCUUGUGCAGCUGAUUCACAGUGUGAACCGGUUGGCAAUGGAGACAAGAAAACUAAUGAAAGGAAAUCAUUCCAGAAAGACGGCUGCAUUUGUCCGGGCCUGUGUUGCCUACUGCUUCAUCACCAUCCCCUCCCUGGCGGGCAUCUUCACACGUCUCAAUCUCUACCUGCAUUCUGGUCAGGUGGCCUUGGCCAACCAGUGCCUCUCCCAAGCUGAUGCUUUUUUCAAAGCCGCUAUAAGCCUCAUUCCGGAAGUUCCAAAGAUGAUUAAUAUCGACGGGAAGAUGCGGCCGUCGGAAUCGUUCCUGCUGGAAUUCCUCUGCAAUUUCUUUUCUACCUUAUUAAUAGUUCCGGCUCGUCUUGAACUCCUGACCUCAAGCAAUCUUCCUCCCUCAGCCUCCCCAGUACCUGGGAUUACAGGUGGGAUCAACCAUGUUUGGCAGAUGGGCAUUUUUAAAAGCCCCCUCAGUGAUUCAGGGGAUCAUCCUGAACAUGGGGUCCUGUUUCUUGUUCGAGAGCUUCUCAACGUGAUCCAGGACUACACCUGGGAGGACAACAGCGAUGAGAAAAUCCGCAUCUACACCUGCGUCCUGCAUCUCCUCUCCGCCAUGAGCCAGGAGACGUACCUUUACCACAUAGACAAAGUGGACUCCAACGACAGCCUCUACGGGGGAGACUCCAAGUUCCUGGCAGAAAACAACAAGCUGUGUGAGACAGUGAUGGCUCAGAUCCUAGAGCAUCUGAAAACCCUGGCCAAGGACGAGGCCCUGAAGCGCCAGAGCUCGUUGGGCCUUUCCUUUUUUAACAGCAUCUUGGCCCAUGGGGACCUACGCAACAACAAGCUCAACCAGCUCUCCGUCAACCUGUGGCACCUGGCACAGAGGCACGGCUGUGCAGACACCAGGACCAUGGUGAAAACGCUAGAAUACAUCAAGAAGCAAAGCAAACAACCCGACAUGACUCAUCUGACGGAGCUGGCCCUCAGACUCCCUCUGCAAACAAGGACCUGACCCCCAGGCCCAUCCCCAGGCUCAGGGACUCAGGCGCCAAAUCCAGAAGGAUCUGCUCUGCUGUCCUGAACUCUCACUGCAAUUUAGGUUUCGCAUUUUCCUUUUCUUUUUACAUUUGUGCACAUUGGUUUAAGCUUUGGCCUCUAUCCAGGUUAUUCUGACAAUGAAGAAAUGGGAGUUGUCAGAGCAUUAAAAUGCAAUCUUCAUUGAGAAGCAGCGUCUCUGCGUUGUCUUUGCACAAGUGGCCUUCAGUCUACUCAGCCCAAUCCGAUGGGCCUUUAGCAAGAGAGAAACAAGAAUGCAAGUAACAUCUUUCUUUUCUGGAAGGUGUUUUUUUUUCUUUCAUAGUUUAGAAAAAGGACUUUGAAAAGCAGUCCACUUUUAAAGUUCCAGACCCAUUCCAUUCCAGACUUUGUACCUUCAAGUUAGAGCAUGCCCGAGGUCUGGAACUCAGUGUUACCUGAACCCCUGUGGAGGAUUUAUAAACGGCAGAAAUAGCACUCCAUUAACUCUUUUUCCUAUCAAAAGCAGCUCGAUCGGACUUAGAAUCUGUGUUGGUGGACCAAAGGAGAAAGCGAGGUCAAAUCUGACAUUCUCUGUGGCUUCAGUAUACAGUAACUGAAUAAAUGUCCUGAAGGAGCA